CAAAGCUUGUUGCUGUGCAUACAUGACUGGCAACACUAGUCACCCUUCGACCUAGGGCGUUUAUCUCUCUCUUCUCUUAACUCAUCUUCGACUUUGUUCGAUGUCCUUGACGUCCCUCUUUAGAGCACCAAACCUGGUUCACGAUGAACAGUGAUUCCUGCAACCCACCCCCGCCUUCGUACGAGCUCUCCCAGCAGGGCCAUGACCGGAAGAUCGUUGAGAAGAAACUCCAAGAGCUGCUUUUAUCCAAAAUUCCUAUUCACGCCAUUGAGGAAGAGCGCGAUGAAGACGAUAGUAAAGAUUCUAAGGAACCAGAAGAGCAGAAGCAGAAACAGCCUUCAGGAUUGUUCCAGACCUCAGUACAGCCGCUUCACAUACAGAAGCGUACACUUCGAGGACCUCGCCCCCUUCCUCCAAGCCCAGCAGACGCCCAAUAUUCUCGCAGCAAACCAGCUGCCAUUCAGCCAAUUGGUCCUCUCAAAGAGGAACCAGAGCACGGGGAGUAUCAAGAGGGUUUCUCGCCUCCUCCACCCUUCACAGCUGUAGGUCCUUCUUUUGAGGGACCUCCGUACGAAUACUCGAUGUAUCAUGUCAAUGGCUCUGCGUCACAACCCAAACCGAACCAUACUCCCUUCAAUCCACCACCUGUUCGUCGUGGACAGCACCGUCCCUCUUCAUCAUAUUCUCCCGCUGAGCCACGAAAAAGCUCCAAUGCCCGGCUGAAUUUUAACCCAUCAAUUGCCUAUGCGACCUCAUCUAGUGCUAUGUAUGAUUCUUGGGAGCAUGCAUCUGACUCGACGGCAGUUAAUCCUGCUUCACUCUACUCCUCAGCGGUGUCAUCCUAUUUACAUCCAGGGUCAGCUGUCAAUCCAGGUCCGUCCCACAUGUGAGUUGUCAACCUUCGGUCAAGUCCGAAACCUACCUUAUGCAUGUGAUGUGAAAGUGGGACCAGGAACAGAUUUUCAACGCCUCCUCGACCUUCUGCAUCUUACGAAUCGCUCACGCCUGCAAGCAGACCAGGAUCUCCUGCUUUGCAAUUCCAUUCACCUUACGCACCUGUUUAUUCGGCUUCUCAGCCGUCGCUUCCUCGGUAUGCUCAACUCAAGCCAAACCAAGGGGGUCAUGUUCGAUGGACCUCAGAAGUUGAUUUUAAAGACAGAUACCCAUGAUAUCUCAUAUCCUUUCCCUACUACUCACUCAACUGUACUACAAGGUCUCAGACGUCCCACACUCUCAUUACCCCCAUUAUGAUAUCUUACUUCGUGUACAUACGUUCCUCAGAUGUAGCCCAAAUAGUACGGAGUCUCUUGUCUUAUUACUGCUAUGAAAUCACAACUCAAAAGUGCUCCUGCAUAUGAAAUCAC